ACUAGUUCUGAAACUAGUCAUUGGUUUGUGCCUGUCAAAAGUGACAAGUAAAUUAAAUAUGAUCGGCUAAAAUAAUUUCAAUAUACAAAUAUAUUCAAAAUACCUAUUCAAAAUGUAACAGUGAGACAUAGAAGUUAUUUAAAAUAUUAUGAAUCCUCUAAAUCUGGAAUACGAUGAUUGCGACUUGCAAGAAAUUCAAACAAGUUUGAACAAAGAAACACAGACCAGCGAAGCUAUAAUAAUAUGUGAUUCCAAAACGUCCCAUCAAAUUCCGAAGACUUCUUCAAAAAACGAACUAAAUUCUCCAGACAAAGGCUCUAUAACCGUAUUCGAAUUUUGCAAAAUUCUACAAGAUCCUGAAUGCCCCAAAUCGGUGACAAUCAUCAAAGAAAGUGUCUCAGAAGAAGUGCAAAAGCAUCCAAAGCAACCAACUUCUGAAGAAGGAGUCGCUAACCGAUAUAAAUAUUGCAAAGAAGUGAUCACACCAUACCUCCAAACCUACCCGACAGAUAGUGCACCAUCUGAAGAAAAAUUGAUCAAGGAAAUUUUAGAGUCUGUCCAACAAGACUUCCCGGAUUACAAACCCUGCCUUGAGAAAUACCAGGACAAGUCAUUAGAUUCCAGACAAAGCAGUGUCAGUAAAGUCGACGCAGUCACAUCGUACGACUUAAAACCAUCGAACACAAAAAUGAAUAAAGACAAUAUCGACGAAGCUUACUCUAAAAUAAAACAGAGACCAGGCUGUUUCCCGACAGACUUCGAUACGCCUUCAGGCAUACCAGACCCUGGCUGUGAAAUUCAAAAUGCUAAAAUUAAAAGCGAGAAACCUGUAGAAACUAAGAGUGCGGAAAGCGUGAAAUCUCCGUGCCCGCCCAAAAAGAAAGCUGCACCCAUCGUAUGCGACCCAUCUUGUGAAGCAGAAUGUGCCGGUAACAAGGAAAAGGUAAAGAAGAAGAAAUCACCAAUGGAUGUAGCGGAUGGAUGCCCACCCCCAGUAGAUUACUGCACAAGAGCUCCCAAAACUAGCGAGACACAGUCCAAAGACAAUAUCGACAAGAAAGUUAAAAAGUCACCGACUGUUAACGUAGCAGAGAAAAAGGCAUCACUUACUGGGAAGAUAGAAAAAGCGCCGGAAUCUAAGGUAGAAAAGAAGGAAAUCCCGAAAACCGACUCAGAAUGUUCAUCGUUGUUACAAAUUAGGUGUGCAAUGGAAGAUUUCAUCACAAAAGUGUGCACAACUACACACGAAACUGUAACAAUGAUCAGAAAAGGAAGUUUUUCGCAACUUGACGACUCGGAAUCUCCGUGUGACCAAGAGGAAAACGAUGAAAAGAAAAGUGAAGAGAGUAAAGGAUUUUGUUUCUUCCGUAAAGUGGACGGCUUAAGCAAGGAUAAUGAUUACUGUGAAAGCACAGCUCCUGAGGAAACAAUAGACGAUGUGGACAAAGUAGAUUCCGCCUUUUCUAACAUGAGCGAUUCAAUUGAUUUUGACGAUUUGCCUGAUCCAUCAAACCCGGAUAUUUUUGAUUCAUGCGAUGAACCAACUUCACCUAAACAAAUAUCUAAUAUCAUAGUACAGACGAACAUAACGUAUCCAGUUCCGGUACCGCAGUCGAGCAGCGUGUUUGCUGCCAUCAAGACGAGGAUCUACUCGCUGUUCAGCGAUGAAAAGAAAGGAGACAGCGAAUCCAUUAGCUCGAAUUAUUCGCAGGAAUCAGAGGGAAAUGAAGAUGCUGAUGUUAUGGAGAAGACGAUUGAAUAAAAACAUUGAUAUUUGUCA